AUGGACAGUUCACGACCGCCCAGCCUACUUCACACGCUUCCUGCCAGACCAUUACACCCACAAGGUCAAAACGAACCACCGUACCAUCUUGGUGCAACGGAUCGGUUCACCGUUCUCAUGAAGCAUAAUUCCCCUUCACCAUCGCUUACACCUCUUUCCAGGCCCUCAUUCUCACCGCCCCCAGAUUCCUCUGAUCCUCCUUGGCCUCAAAUCCCCCCUCCUCCGACAACCACACCGCCCCCCCUCCCUCGUACUCCUAUGAAACAUCAGGGUAUUUCAAUCACUUCUUCUGUAGAGCAAGUUCCGCGCAAAAGAAGUCGUCAGAUCUAUACUUCCCAUUUACUCGAAGACAAAGGUCGUGAAACCGUAAAACAUCGGAGUAUGUUGGUAGAGACUGACGAGUCAAGAAUCGCAAAGAAUGGGAACAUUCCUUUCGUAGAAAUGAACACUGGCGUGCACAAGCCACCUCUCGGUCUGGACAAUGGUCUUCGUGUAUUUUUGGACUCUUCCGUGACAGACUCUCCUGGAGAAGAUGCCACGAACAUCUUUGCUGAGACUCAGACGACCGACACUUUCAGCCUGACAACUUCAAAUAAGGCCGCUUCAUUCCCCUCUGAGCCACUAGCACUCAGGCUGUUUGCAUCGCAAUCACCUAGAUUCUGCCAACGUGUCAACCUUGAAGAAGCGAUCAACCUCUUGACUAAGACCAAUGACCAACAAGCGAUGGUCCCGUUUGCAUCACUUACUCGCCCUCAAAAGCACAAGCUCUUGGAAUGCAGGGAAAGGUUGUUCGCAGCAAAUGAAUUGCUUUGGCGACAGAGGCUAGAGGGUGAAGCUAGCAGCUUGAUCAAACAUACCGACAAUGGUGCCAACGACAUGGCGAGGGCAAAUUUAGAAACCUCAAGCUCAGAGCAAGAGAAUACUUCACUUAUAUUGAGGAUCGAAGGGCUGGAAUUAGAAGUGGGCCUUAUAAAGCAGAAGUAUACAAAAGCCAGAAGUGCGAUUGGGUCUUACAGGAAGAAACUUGAAGAUCUCAAAGACAAGCAUACGAGAGAAGUGGGAACUUUGCAAGCGGAAGUGCAGAUCCUAUCUGACGAAAAGCAAUCUCUCUUGGACACUAAAAAUACCCUUGACAACGACAACCGUCGGCUGAAAGGCAAGUCCGAGUUGAUGGAAGCUGAGCUCCUUGAAGUACAACAAGAAAGAGAAAAGUUCGAGUCCGAAGUUCAACGCACAGCGCAAAUCAUGAUCCAAUAUACUAAUGGAAACAUUGCUCUUGGGGAGGUCGAAUCUUUUACCGGCUCUUCCGAAAUUGAUCGCAUGUACGACGACUUGGUACCUUUGACCAAGAUCUUCACCUCGAACUCAUCGCUCAUUCUCCCUAGCAUCACUUGGACCCCUCCUACGGGAUUUGAAGCUCUCUCUUUGGAGCAGAAGCGACUUGCCAUGCGCAGAAACUACGAGCGAGGUCACAAGCAGAAUAAGGCAGCUGCUAUUGUAUUGUUGAAUUCUCAUUUGAAAGAUCGCGAUGCAAUAAUCGAUAAAAUGCGAAGUCGACUGAAGCAAUUCUCGGAAACGAAUAACUCAAACAUUACUUCCGAAAGAGACUCCUUCCGAGACAAAUAUCAUCAAAUACUCAACGAAAAAGCAGAACUUGUUUCCCAGAUUUUUCCCCACAAGUCUUCCGACUCUGAAGAUGAGACGUCUCAACUAACUUCAAAAAUUCAACUUUUGGAAGAGAAAAAUUCUCGCAUCGCUGGGGAACUCGAAGACGCCAAGCAGCUUAGGAAGAGUGCUAAUGUGUCCAUGGAAGAAUGGAGAAAGAUAGCUCAGCAUCGUCAAUACUCAAGAGAUAAUCUGUUAAAGAGAGUGGCAGUGCUAGAGAAAACAGUAGCAGAAAAAGAGGUCAACUCAUCUACCCAAUGUAAAGCGAACAAAGCCGAAGUGGACGAAAAGACGGCUGUAAUAAAGAAACUAGAAGAGCAAGUGAAAGGUCUUGAAGCGAGAACCUCUUCUUUCACCAAAACCCACGAGAUUGAGAAAAGGACAUUUACCGACCAAUUGGAGAUGCUCAAGGAAGAUUCAACGAGUGCUUCGAGAUUGAAUAAAGACUGCGCAGAAGAGAUUGAGCUCUUGAAGAGCAAAUUAACGGACGCCCACAAGUGCCUUAUUGCAGUCACGGAAGAGAGUGAGAAGGCGAUUGAAAGUUUAGAGAGGGAGAAAACAAAGCUGGAGCAGGAAAAAGCUGAAACAGUCAUUCGAGGUCAAGCAGCGGAAAGCCACAACAUGAAAAAGCAAGCAACACUGAAUUCGCUUCAAGGUAGUCAUCAUGCUCUGCUGGAUAAGAAAAUGUCUCUGGAAUAUCGUAUGAAGUCCAUUCAAUGCCAACUCGAGGACGCCAAUGCGACGAUCUUGACUCUCAAGACCACAUCAUCGCACACUGCAACCGAGAGCACAUUUAGCAUAAAGCAGUUGGCAGACCUGGAAAACAGAGUCACAAAUCUUCAGCUCCUGAUUAUGCAGAAAGACGGCGAGCUGGAGAAAAAUAAAGACAUCCUAAAGUUCCGAGCUGAGAGGAUCAGUAACAUGGAGAGGACCAUCAGAGAUAAGGAAAAUCAGCUAAAAGCUGAGCAUAGUCGAGUGAAAAAGACGAUGGAAAAAUGGAAAUUAGAAAGAGAACAUGUGAAUGAGAAACAGAUGGAGCACAAAGAAAUCAUAAAAGCCAAAUGUGAAGCAUUAUCGAACGCCGAGGAGCGAAUUAGCAGAUCUGUGAGAGAGAGAAUUGGAAAAGAGAAUAAGGAUCUAAGGAGGAGAUUGGACAUGUCACAGGGGGCAUUGAAAGCCAUGCAAGACAACUAUCAAUCAAUCCAAGAUAUGAUUGCUAGCAUUGGUGGUAGUUCUGAAGUGGAUAAUCUCAAGGCUGAGAAAGAAAAGGUCCAAACUUUACUCGAUGAUACAGAUCGACAUCGAAAAAGGCUUCAUGAAUGCCUCACAAAGCUUUAUCGCAUUCAUGUGGAUUCGUCCCGUGAUCUGGGAUUGGCGUGUGCGCGACCAGAAAGUGACUCCCGAUUUUUAGAGCUGCAAGGAAGGUGGGAUCAUAUGAAAAUGGUCUUCAACGAUUUCUAUGGAUUUGAGAAAAUGAGUUAG